AUGUUUACCAAAACCUCAGAUCCCUACAUCACCGCCGUCCUCACCAGCUCCCAUUCAAUCCUCGAUCUCUCUGGCAAGCAACCCUUUACUCUUCUCAUCACACUGACUCUCCACGCCAGCGCACCUAUCCUCUGCUACACCUCACCCCACUCCACAUUCUUCCUGCCCCGAAAUGCCUUGACUGACAUGGGCAUCAUCUUCCGCAACCACCACACCAAAGACGAAAUCAAAACCUGUCACAUUGACAGUUGCAAGACCCCAGGGUUUGCGAGAAGACUAGAUUCGAAAACAAAGUUGGUGUUGAUACCCGAAGAACCUGUGGUGUACGAAGUACCUUUUACCAUCAACUCAGACAAGCAAAGGGAUGCAGAAGACUUUGACCCUUGGUUUGCGUCUAUAACCAGUGGGUUUGGAGAUGGAGGUGUUUAUGAGGCGGAAUUGCCCCUCUAUCGCACGAUCGAUUGGUGGAGGUAUGCGAGAGCUUGCGACCUUCACGAUACCCAGUCCACUGAGUCCACCACUAUUGCAUCAUCAUCCAUUCCAGCUAGAUUUGGAUCGGUGGUGGACUCGGUGAUGCGAUGGUGGAAGGGGGAUAUAGACACGGAGACCAAAUACGGUGUUCCGGUCUUGCCUCAUAAUCAACAACUCCCAGUAUACACCGAGGGCGAGGGACUGCUGUUUUCGUGUGUUGGGGAGAAUAUGGUGUGGCCAGAUGAGUUGCUGGAGAAGCAAAGGAUUAACAAAGAGAGAAGAGAUGGCGAGGAGAGAAGAAAAGCUGAGCAGAAGAGACGUGAUGGGCACGCGAGAGAAUAG